UUUAAAGGUCAGACAGCAGAUCCAGGAGUAUUCAAGCACUGUGUUUGUUUGGAGCUGAGUCAUUAAGAUUGCAAUGGAAACUAAAACGGUUCUUUCCCACUUGUCCAUCAAGGUUGGUGAAUGCAUCAAAGUGAAGGGAAAAGUGGCACCAGAUGCCAAGAGUUUUGCCCUCAACCUGGGCCAGGAUAGCUCGGAUCUGAUCCUUCACUUCAACCCUCGCUUCGAGAGCCUUGGAGACAGCAAUAUCAUCGUAUGUAACUCCAAGACAAGGGGAGAGUGGGGCUUCGAGUUGCGGGAGGCGAAGUUCCCCUUCCAGCGGGGGGAAGAGACCAAGAUCUGUGUCGCCCUUGAUGGUGAGGAGGUGACGGUGAAGAUGAAUGGAGACCAGGAGGUCAGGUUCCCCAACCGGCUAGGGCUGGGGUCUGCACAGUACUUCUCCGUAGAGGGAGACAUCAGUAUCAAAUCCAUCAAGAUUGAUUGAUCUGAGAUUAUACCCUUUCUGUGCAUCCCUUAGCAGGAAAACCUCAAAAUAAACAAAAAUGUAUU